AUGGCGCAAGCCCAGACGCCUCAGACCUACGAGGUAUACGAUCUGGACGAUGAUGCGGCCUUCAACGUGUGCGAGGCGAGGCUGAAGCAGGCUGGGACGGAAAACUUCAUCGUCAGCUUCGACAGCACCGAGGCCAAAUGCGCCGUCGACAUCAGCCGGGACGGCGCCCUGGAGUGGCUGCAGCAGCCUCACCGUCGCAGCGGGAGUCAAGCCUUGUGGUUGAACUUCUGGGCCUCGGAAUCGCAAAAGCCCAUCAUCGAGGAAGUGGCCAAGAAAUACGAUCUGUCCCCGAGACUUGCCGGCCUGCUGUGCCAGGCUAUUACUUCUCCAGGCCAGACGAAAAGUCAUGUCACGUCUUCCACAGGCAGCGACACCUCGCGGACUUCCACCUCUGCUCCGCUGCACAAGAGCCCGAGAACACGGACGACGGACGUCGAGAAAGGCGUGCCCCUUCAGCCCACGGCCGUACAGCAGCAACAAGCAAUGGACCCGCGGGAUCUGGAAGGCUUGACGUUUGGCACGGUAGUGAGGAACCUGUGGCACUUCUGCUCCGUCGACUUUGGCCGCCGUUACAUCUACAUCGGCUUCAAUGCUUUGUACUCGCUCCCGAAGGCCAAGAAAGACACAGCAACGCCACACGACGGUGCAUCUGCCGAAGAUGCUGGCAAUACGACGUCUGGAGGCAAUAAACCACCUGGCCAACGGAUCUGGUCGUCUCUGCUUAUAUGUGAUGAUGGAACCGUCAUUUCUGUGUUUGAACGUCCCAAUCCCAGUGAGCCGCAUCUCAUUUCUAGACGCAAUGUUCUCAAUGUCUUCCAGUGCCUCUCCAAGCAACACACCCAAGACAGCUCGCGAGAUGCCCUGAUGAAGGUCCGCGUGAGGUGGAACGAGUAUUCAAACAACAGCACGACCGGCUACGACCCAAAAGAGGCGGCGAGCCUCUUGUUUUAUUACCUCUUCGACGACUGGGAAGGGACUUACAGGUUGAUUGCCCGCCUUGACCAUCCCUAUCGGAGGAGAUUGGAAGAGAUGCAACAGCGCAUGUUCAAGGCGGCUGACGUAUCUCACGUCAAGGAGGUCCAUGAAAUUGGGACCCAGCUGACAGUCCUCAAGCUCAUGUACGAGAGCUACGAGUGGAUCGUGUCUCGCCUCCUUCACAGCCAACGAUUGGUAAUGGAUGCCAACAGCCUGCUCCUGUCACCCCGGGGCACAUUUCACGACCAAGACGUCAAGCUGGGGGGUCACCAAACUCCCGCUUCGCAUUUUGCACCGUACGAAGAGGGCUUUUUGGCGGAUGAUUCAAGGUCAAACGUGAAGUUGAGCUUUUCGGCCGUGGCCCGCUUCGAGAGACUGCUCGGCAGGAUUCGACUGUACGCGCUGACUGAAAUUGACGAAUGCAUCAAGCAGAAGGAGUCUCUUGUGCUUAUGAACUUCAACUUGGUCGCCUUGAAAGAGUCCCAGGCCGUGGAGAGGCUCACCAGAACGACGAUUUUGCUGGCCAAGGCAACCAUUUUGUUCCUCCCAGUCAGUCUGAUGACGGGAUAUUUCUCUAUCCAGCUUCCCGAAAUCGAGAAGAUUUACACCCUCAAGACGUACUGGCUCUGUUUCCUGGUCGUCAGCAUCCUUUCCGUCCUGUUCCUGGUGCUCUUCGGCAUCACCACCCACACAUUGGAAGGCCAAACGGUCUAUCGAUCCAUCACAAGCACAAUCGGGAGCGCGAUCUUCUCCGCUGCAGGCAAGAGGAAAAAGAAAACGCAAUAA